AUGUCGUCCCGGGAACGGAAUAGCAGGACGACGCCUAUCGAGAUUGCCAUGAGGUCCAAUCUCUGGGUUGCUGGGGCUGCUGGGGCUGCUGAGGCUGCUGUGGUUGCUGUGGUUGCUGAGGCUGCUGAGGCUGUUGAGGUUGCUGAGGCUGUUGAGGUUGCUGAGGCUGCUGAGGCUGCUGUGGCUGUUGAGGUUGUUGAGGUUGCUGAGGCUGUUGAGGUUGCUGAGGCUGCUGAGGCUGCUGUGGCUGUUGAGGUUGCUGAGGCUGCUGUGGUUGCUGAGGCUGCUGUGGUUGCUGAGGCUGCUGAGGUUGUUGAGGUUGCUGAGGCUGCUGGGGUUGCUGUGGCUGUUGAGGCUGUUGAGGCUGCUGGGGCUGCUGGGGCUGCUGCGGGAGCUGCGGGAGCUGCGGGCAAGGCUGCUGAGGUUGAGGUUGAGGCUGGGGUACAGGAACAGGAACCGGGCAAGGAGGCUGAGGGCAAGGAACUGGAGGAGGGGGAGAGGGCUUGGGCUGCUGAGGCUGAGGACAAGGCUGCUGAGGUUGAGGGCAAGGCUGCUGAGGUUGGGGUUGAGGUUGAGGCUGAGGCUGAGGCUGGGGUACAGGAACGGGAGCCGGGCAAGGAGCCGGAGGCUUGGGGCAAGGAAUUGGAGGAGUGA